CUGUUGAAUAGAAUAAUCUGAUCCCAGCACUUCGCAGCCCGCCGCUGCCCAUCAGCCAAACCCGCUCUCUCCUACGCGGCGGAGGACACGUUACGCCAAACUCCGUUAAGAAAUGUGCCGUUUUAACGAUUAUUUCCCCAGUAGUGAAGCUAGGAGUCGGUUAAAGCUUUAAACUGAAGGUUGUCGGAAGACUUUUCAUUUCGGCGGAUCUUCACCUGCCUGUAACCGACAGCACGUACAGAUAUAUCCUGUAAAACUCCCGUCCGGUCCCGAAGCUACGUCAAACCAGAUCCCGUUCACAUCUCGCACUGCAGACUUUCUUCACGGUUAAACAUCAGUCCUUUAACAAAUGGACCCCUCUUCUCUUCACUUCGGUGUACAAAAAGCCCAGCAGCAUACAGUCACUGAAAUAAAAUCCCGACCUGAUCCGUGCCGUGCCGUGCCGUGCCGUGCCGUGCUGUGCGGCAGGAACGUCACACCGAACUGCGCUAUGCGUCUGUGCUCAUUUGGAAACCUUGUAAAUCCGUAAGACCUUAAAAAAAUGCAUGUUUCAGAGAUUGACACGACCCACUCAUUUCGGCCCACACCAGCAGUCAGUCAUCCAUCAGAGCCCAGCCCCGAGGGCGGAACCGAGCUCUGCCGAACAGAGCACUGGUUCAGAGUUCGGCUCUGUCAAAUGCUUCAAAGCAGAUUUUACCACAAAGACUAUAAAGAUCGUUUUAGGAGGUGUCGAACCUCCUGCAGCCGGUACCGAGUCCGGACGGACCGGGAAUCAGUAGAAUUGUCAAACAUUUGAAUGGAGAUUUGUGAAUUAGUCCAAACUGAUGUUCGUGUGUUUCUGUUUGAGCUGCUGACUGGCCGCUAAACCGGGACACACCAGGCUCACCGGACCGGAACCGGGCUGAAACUGGACCGGAACCGGGCCUGCUGGAGGCUGAGGUCUGCACUGCAGCAGUUAAACCGGUUUCCAUGGAAACGGCGAGUAUAAGUGACCAGAGUCAUUGACAGAGUGCCGCUUGAUCAGCAGUCCAGUUCCUGUGAAGAUCCACAGGGGCCCCUGCUGGUGUCCUGUUCAUUACAACAGAGGAAGGGUGGAGGACCUCACACUGAGCCAUGAGGGGCCCCUCUGAGACACUCUCUCAGAGCAUCAGUGGGCGCCUCCUUCUGCUCCUCACUGGAUGAACCCUGAAUCCUGCCUUUGGUGACAGGUGUUUUAAUGGUUGACUCUGAUCAACUGACACGUUUCCAUGGAAAAGUGUAAAUGACGGAGUCCGUGUGCCUCUGAGCAGGGACACAACCAGACAGGAAGUUGGGCAGUUUAGUUUUCUGACCAUGAGCCAGCAGAGUUUCAGUAUCAGAGUUCUAGCUGACUGUGUUCUCCUGCAGAACAAGACUCCGUCUGCUUUAACCCCAAACUCAGACCUGCUGCUCUGCCGCCGAUGGCAGACGUCUGCUGAAGGCUGACGGAGGACUGCAUCCUGAUUGGACCGUUCCACAGACCCAACAUGGCGGCCUCUGAGGUGAAUCUGGAGGACUACAGUCUUUACAGUCACCUGUCUGAUGAGGAGCUGUUACAGAUCGCUGUGGAGAGAAGCCUGCAGCUUACUCCAUACUCUGUUCAGAGCACAUCAUCAUCAUCCUCAGCCACUCCCGCCCCUGCUGCGCCCUAUCAAACAAACCCCAGACAGAGAUAUCCUGACCCCCACAGACACCUGCCCUACAUCCCUUUAAACCAACCUCCACCUCCAGACACCCUACAUGUCCCAAACUGUGCAAACUCCCCGAAAGGCCAGUCCCAGUUCAACUACAGCGCCCCCAAGAGAGAGUUCAGUCCUCUGCAGUCUCUGAUAAUAAACGGAGAUGCAGAAGCUUUGAUGAAUUUGGUCAGACGGAGGUCCGGCAGUCUGAUGGAGCCGAACGAUGAAGGCUGGAUCGCUCUUCAUGAAGCCGCUUAUUACGGACAGCUGCAGUGUGUCAGCAUCCUCAUCAGAGUUCCUCCGCGGCCGCUGCUGCAGCUCUGCAGGCUGCAGAUCUUGCAGCUGGUUGGACAUCGACGUGUGAAGAAGUUACCGCUGCCUGGAGGUCUGAUCCGCUUCCUGAAACACCAGGAGGGGUCUGUGGAGGACUGCUGA